AUGGACGAAGAAGCGGCGGCGGCGUUCAGCGGCGGCGGCGACGAGGGUUGGAGAGGGUUGGAGCCACCGCCGGCGACACUCACCUCGGCGGCGAAGACUUCGACAACCGCCUGGUCAACCACUUCGUCUCCGAAUUCCGGCGAAAGAGCGAAAAGAACCCUCUCCUCCGCCACGCAAACGAAAAUCGAAGUCGAUUCGUUAUUCAAAGGGAUCCAUUUCUACGCCACCAUAACCAGAGCGAGAUUCGAAGAACUAUGUAUGGAGCCCGUCGAAAAGUGCUUUCGGGACGCGAAAAUCGAUAAAUCCACGGUGCACGAGGUGGUUCUCGUCGGCGGCUCCACCCGAAUCCCGAAAGUCCAACAGCUCUGCAAGACUUCUUCAAUGGCAAAGAGCUCUGCAAGAGCAUAAACCCCGACGAGGCGGUGGCUUACGGGGCGGCAGUCCAGGCGGCGAUCCUCACCGGAGAAGACGAUGAGAAAGUUCAAGAUUUGUUACUACUCGACGUCACUCCAUUAUCAAGAGGAGCAGGACGAAAAAUUGAUGAAAUUUUUAGUGGGGAUGGGAUGGGUUAGAUUUGGGAGGGUGGUGCUAUGGUGGUCGACGGGAUGAGUAGACGACAACUCAUUUUUUUUUCUUUUUCUUUUUAUUUUCUUUUUUUUUUUUGUUUAUUAUUAUUAUUUUGUUUUAAAUAUUAAAAUAUAUAAUGUAAGGGAAGGUACCAAUUUGCCCCUG